CAUGGAGUACAGGUGGUCUCCCCCGCAUACAAUGCUGUUCUCUAAGGAUACUAUGGAGCUCCAGACGUACUACAUAUCUGUAGCGCGGUCCGGCCCCGAGCUGGGCUGCUCCUCAGCUGGCGGCCAGCAGUUCUGCUACUCGAACGUAGUGGUGAACGUGACGAUGCAGCGCCGCAAGAGCUUGUUCGUGUGGCACAUCUUCGUGCCGUGCAUCCUGCUGGUAGCCACCUCGUGGCUGAGCAUGCUGCUGCCGCCCGACAUCAUCCCCGGCCGGAUGGUGCUCUGCAUCACAUCCAUGCUCGCCAUGCUGACCCUCUUCACGUCCAGUCUGAAGACGAUGGGCGUCUCGUACCUGCGUGCCAGCGACGUGUGGUACGUGGCCUGUCUGCUGUUCGACUUCCUCAUCAUCCUCGAGUACUCGGUGCUGCUGUGGCUGCAGCGCCGCCGCGAGGAGGGCGAGGCCAAGUGGGGCCAGGUGCAGCCCUUCCCGGCCACCGACGGCACCAAGCUGGUGCGACCCAGCCCCGUCAAACCAAAGACGUCGAAGCGGGAGACGCGCCAGUCGGCUCGGAGUCUGUGGGAGGACCUCCAGGAGCCAUCGUACAUGGACGAGAUCAGUCGCUGGGUGCUGGCCGUCUUCUUCAUCAUAUUUACCAUCAUCUUCUGGAGCUACUACGCCGCCUCGAAAAGGGAACACAGUGAGCAGUGAGAGCGACUGGCUAUGCCAAGUAUUUGGAAACACAAGGACAGUAUGAAGGCUCUAUCGUAUUUUCAGCUGCCUGCUUGUCAUGCUGAUUCGUGAUACUAUGUAAUAUGGCUUUAGUGGCUUGCCUUUAAAUGGAUCUCAAUUGUAAUGUGCUAUGCAUAUGAUUAUUCCAUGAUUGAGAGAUAACCGUGUGUGCUCGCUCAUGGUAUAAAAUUGUUUCACCAGUACUACCCUCAUGAUUCAUUCUACAUAUUUAAAUCCAGUUUUAGGCAGUAUCAGUGAAGUAUCAGUGUACUUUCAUAUGCCAUUAAUUUUUUGACUGUAUCAAAAAUGUAUGUAUUUAUGAAAUGUCAGAAAAAUAUUCUGCCAUUGCCAUGAUGUUGUGUAUAGCUGUCUUUACAUGCCAACCCAUCGUGCGUUUUAUCAGUGCACCAUUCAGGUGCUUAAGAGCAGGCAUGCAUGCCUCGUGCUGUUACUGCACACAGUUAUAUUCGUGUUAACAGUAAACUGCCACCUCUAAAGAGUUCGUUCUUUGUACUAUCCAAGUUUAGAUAAUAAAUUCCAUCAGCAUUUUA